AUGACUGCUGAUGGUCAGGGAUGGACUCUUAUUGCUCGUUUCUCAAAUAAAGACAGUAAAUACUGGAUGAAGAAUGACGGUUCAUGGUGGUACGACAAGACAGGAGCUGCUGGAGACACAACUGAUCCAUCUAGUAAUACUGACAUGAUCUCUCCAGCAUUCUGGUUGGUCAGCAGCAGAGAGCUCAAGAUCACUCGCAGUGAUGACCCACAACAAACUGCUCUGUUGCAAACCACAGAUGACUGUGUGGGUGGGCAGUCAUUCAGGUCGAAAAUCACAAGCUAUGGUAACUUUAGACACGGAAAAGUCUGGGCAAGCAGUAAGUGUAGGGGGAGAUGCACGAUUCAAUAUGGAGGCCAGUACCGUACAACUUCCGGUUUUUCUCAGGCCAGUUGCAAUGGAAAUAUCCAGAGUGCGAAAAGGAUUGGCUUCUGGUGCGACUGGAGUUCAGGUGAUGGAGCUGUGAUGAUGAUUGGUGGUGGAGGUAGUAGUUGCGCUCGGGCUGAUCACGGUAUUGGAAUAACAGAAGAUGACGCCGCUUCAUUCAAUGAUUAUUAUGAACAAGACUUUGGAAAUUCCGCUUAUAGCAUCACAAAUGGUUACUCCUUAAAUCUGUGGAUACGUUAG